AUGACAAACAAAAAGGAAGGAGAACAGGUGGUGGAGUCUCUACAAGUGAGUAGAACGACAGACUCGUCUUCUAAGUUUCGUGAUGCCGAUCUGGAAGCGGAUGGACUGAGGCCGGAUCAUGUAAGAGAAAAUUUGAACCGGUCGCUAACCCCACGUCACAUUAAUAUGAUUUCCAUAGCAGGCGUGAUCGGGACAGGGUUGUAUUUGGGUACCGGAAGAUCUCUGGCUAACGGUGGCCCAGCUUCGCUGUUGAUCAACUACACAAUUAUCGGGUUUGUUGUCUAUCUCACGAUGUUGUGUUUGGGGGAGAUGUCGACGUUCAUGCCGAUCUCUGGGUCUUUCUGUUCGUACGCAAAAAAAUUUGGAUCAGGCUCUCUGGCGUUCACACUCAUGUGCAACUAUUGGUUCAAUGAUGCAGUUUCGGUUGCCAGCGACCUAACUGCAUUGCAACUGGUUUUGGAUUACUGGAAGAGCUCAGAUGCUCACUUCCCUUACUGGGCCGCGUCACUGCUAUUUUGGGCUUUCCUUUUAUUGCUCAACGUAGUACACGUUCGCGUAUAUGGCGAAGCUGAAUACUGGCUUGCCGUUUUGAAGGUGGUUGCGAUCGUCAUUUUUUUCGUCAUUUCGAUUGUGGUAAAUGCGGGCCACAACCAAGAACACACCUAUAUAGGGUUCAAAAAUUGGACGGUAGGAGAAGCUCCGUUCGUGAAUGGUUUCAAAGGUUUUGCCUCUUUAUUUGUUUCUUCAAGUUUUGCAUACGGCGGUACGGAAUCGAUUACACUAACAGCUGGUGAGGCUAAAAAUCCCAUUAGGAACACUCCAAAAGUUGUUAAGACAGUUUUCUGGAGAAUUUUGAUUUUCUAUGUGUUCACUGCCUUUUUCAUUGGAAUGAAUGUCCCUUACAAUUAUCCUAAGCUAAGUGAGAAGUCCGUCAUCACCUCUCCAUUUACUAUUGUCUUCCAAAUGGUGGGUUCGAACGUGGCAGGAUCAUUUAUGAAUGCUGUGAUUAUGACUAGUGUCAUCAGUGCCGGUAAUCACGCUCUUUUCGCUGGAAGUCGGGUCCUUUACAAUUUAGGUUUGGAAGGCUAUUUCUUCCCAAAACUUUUGACCAGGACCAACCGAUACCAGGCUCCAUACGUGUCUGUUAUUAUAACAUGGGCUGUUGGUGGUCUGUGCUUCGGAUCCAGUUUCAUUGGGGCUGGUACGUUGUGGACUUGGCUCCAGAAUAUUGUCGGUGUUUCCAAUCAGUUGGCCUGGCUUUGCAUUAGCGUCAUUUCGAUAAGAUUUAGACGUGGCUUGGAAAAACAGGGCAGAACCCACGAACUUCAAUUUUCUAACUGGACGUACCCAUAUGGGCCAUAUUUCCUCGUUGUGUUCGUGACAUUUAUUAUCCUGGUUCAAGGGUGGUCCUCCUUUGCUCCUUGGAGCGUCUCCGACUUCUUUUCCUACUACAUUGAACUAUUUGUUUUCCUUUUCCUAUGGGUAGUCUGGUGGGUAUACAAACGGGACUGGUUUGUGAGAAGCGAAGAUAUGGACUUCAACACUGAUAAAUAUAUUCAAUCUGAGGAGGAGCUGAUACUUAAUGAGCAGCUAGACAGUUUAAAAGGGUGGAAAAAGGCCAAACUAAUGGUGAGUGAGUACGUUAUGUGA